UUUUAAAAGAGAUUGUUCGUUGACAGUUUCCUCACAAAUAAGUGUUUCCUGAGCCCUGAUACAGAUGCCUUGCUUAAAGCUGAGUACUCCACCAUCACUGACUCUCAGGACUUUGACCAGCUGAGGACCAGAGAGCUAAGACUACCAGACUGCCUUCUGUUCACUUUUACUGACUGACGACCUGAAAACGCUAUGGCUCGUUUCUCAACGUACAUCAUCUUUACCUCUGUCCUCUGUCAGCUAACAGUCACAGCAGCUUCUGGAACUCUGAAGAAGGUGGCCGGGGCCCUUGAAGGAUCUGUGACAUUCACUCUGAAUAUCACUGAAAUAAAGAUUGACUAUGUUGUAUGGACAUUCAACACAUUCUUUCUUGCCAUGGUAAAAAAAGAUGGCGUUACAUCACAAAGUAGUAACAAAGAAAGGAUAGUCUUUCCAGAUGGACUCUACUCCAUGAAGCUCAGCCAAUUGAAGAAGAAUGACUCUGGCGCCUACCGUGCAGAGAUUUACAGUACAUCAAGUUCGGCUUCCUUAAUCCAGGAGUAUGUGCUGCAUGUCUAUGAGCAUUUGUCAAGGCCCAAGGUCACUAUGGAUCAGCAAAGCAACAAGAACGGCACCUGCAUAAUCAAUCUGACAUGUUCCACGGAUCAGGACGGGGAGAAUGUGACCUACAGCUGGAAAGCUGUGGGGCAGGGGGACAAUCAGUUUCAUGAUGGUGCCACCCUCCCCAUCGCCUGGAGAUCAGGAGAGAAAGACCAGGCCUUAAUAUGCAUGGCCAGGAAUCCAGUCAGCAACAGUUUCUCAACCCCCGUCUUUCCCCAGAAGCUCUGUGAAGAUGCUGCCACGGAUCUAACUUCACCCAGGGGCAUCCUAUACAUCCCGUGCAUCUUAGCAGUGCUCAUCCUAUUUGCUGUCUUGCUGAUUAUUCUUCAUAUUAAGUGGAUAAAGAAAGGAGAAGGAUGUGAGGAAGACAAGAAGAGAGUGGACAGGCACCAGGAAAUGCCCGACUUGUGCCCUCACUUAGAGGAGAACGCAGACUAUGACACAAUCCCUUACAUGGAAAAAAGAAGACCAGAAGAAGAUGCACCAAACACAUUUUAUUCCACUGUGCAGAUCCCCAAAGUGGAGAAGAGUCCCAGCUCCCUGCCUGCCAUGCCACUCGUGCCAAGGUCAUUAAGCUUUGAAAAUGUUAUCUAGAUGACAGCACUCCGUCCUCUCCAGAAAAAACAAAAACAAAAACAAAGAACUGCAAAACAAACAAAACCUCACCAUUCUGAGCAGAAAUGAAAACUUCUGUCAAAGACUGAACGUAAAUGUCUCCCUGCCAGACCCACAUGUUUGCAUCCAGACAGAGAAGGUCAGGCUCGAGGGCUUUCGGGGUACAAUGACUCUUGGGGACUGGGAUACAGCCCAUUCAGACAUUCUGACGAAGAAUCUCGCUCUGCCCAGCCUGUCUCCGGUAACGAUGAAUGAGGCUGUGUUCAUAGGCAGUGGACUAAUGUGCCUGAUGAAGAAAUUUUUGAGAAAGCACAGCGUCUAGGCUGUGGCACAGCCACGUUCGCUGU